CACGCUAAAUACACUAGUUAUCGAUAAGCACACAUAGUGAUGUGAGUUGUUCAACCACCAGGCCACUUAUAAAAUCAAUCGAUAGCACGAAUUGGACAUCACCAAAAUUUGCUAUUUUGCUUGAAAUUUUGUUUAUUUAAUUUUAGAAAAUAAAAUACAAAUGGCUGAUCAAAUUCAACCCGAUGGAGGUCAACCGGCGCCACUCAUAUCCGUUGGAAUCGAUCAACAGCAGACGCACGACAACGGAGCUGCCAAUGGCAGCGAAGCCGGUGACGAUGAUGACGCCCAAGCAGAUGACAUCGAUGACGAGAAGGCCACUGAACUGGUGCUGCCGAAGGCACUGGAGGAUGUGCUCGCGCUAAAGGAUCAGCGUGUAGCCGAAUUCGACACCGAUGUGGAUGCUCGUGGAGGGAGCCUCGGUGUGGACGGAUCUUCGCAAGACGGUGACUUGGCCGAUGUGGGCGACGACAGCGAUGACGCCGAUGAUAAUCUAUUGAACGGUGUCGGCAACGAUAAAACUGGCAAGCCGAGUAAAGCGGACAAAAACAAAAAGAAGAAACGUCGCAAGAAGCAAAACAAAAAGAUACGCCAAAAAUUGGAGUACGAACGGCAACAGCAACUGGCGCGUCGCUCCGAGCCACGUGAGGUGGAGCCCGAAGAGGGUUCGAAGGCGGUUGGCAGCGAGGAAGAGCGCCCGACGGUGGAGAAGGAAAAGGAGACACAGCGUGAGACGCGUAGCAGUAAAAAGAAAAAGGAACGCGCAGCCGAAGAGAAGGACAAGGCCAAGGAACAGAAACAGUCGGAAAAUGGAAGCGUCGAUGCAGAUGUCACAAUUGAAUAUGUGCCUGAAAAGAUAACAAUUGCGGAUCUGGCGCCCAUGUAUCGUCAAUUCUAUCGUGUCUUCGAGAUUUUUAAACUGGAGAACAAACCGAAACCCGCUGAGAAGGAUAAGGCGGCGCUGGAUGCGGAAGCAUUGGCCAAAGCUAAGAAGUUGACUAACAAAAUGCACGAUGAUGACGACGAUGAUGCCGACGAUGACGAUGACGCUAAGGAUGAUAAGGAGAAGCUCUCCAAGCGCAAGCUUAAGAAGCUCACACGUCUCAGCGUGGCCGAGCUGAAGCAGUUGGUCUCACGUCCCGAUGUUGUCGAAAUGCACGAUGUAACGGCACGGGAUCCAAAGCUGCUAGUGCAACUGAAAGCCUAUCGCAAUACGGUGCAGGUGCCGCGUCAUUGGUGCUUCAAGCGCAAGUAUUUGCAGGGCAAGCGUGGCAUUGAGAAGCCACCUUUCGAUCUGCCUGCGUUUAUCAAGAAAACUGGCAUCAUGGAGAUGCGUGAAUCGCUGCAGGAGCGCGAGGAUGCCAAAACGCUCAAGGCCAAGAUGCGUGAACGUGUCCGUCCCAAAAUGGGUAAAAUUGACAUUGAUUAUCAGAAGCUGCAUGACGCCUUCUUCAAGUGGCAGACCAAGCCGCGCAUGACCAUCCAUGGUGAUCUCUACUACGAGGGCAAGGAGUUCGAGACGCGUCUCAAGGAGAAGAAGCCAGGCGAUCUAUCCGAAGAAUUGCGCAUUGCUUUGGGCAUGCCAGUGGGUCCCAAUUCGCACAAAAUACCGCCACCAUGGCUGAUUGCCCAGCAGCGCUACGGACCGCCGCCCUCGUAUCCAAAUCUCAAAAUACCCGGCUUGAAUGCGCCCAUACCAGAUGGCACCUCGUUUGGCUACCAUGCGGGUGGCUGGGGCAAACCGCCAGUCGAUGAACACGGCAAGCCACUCUAUGGCGAUGUAUUCGGCAUGAAUACGCUUGACUUGGAUAACGGCAUCGACGAAGCCGACAUUGAGCGCAAUCAAUGGGGCGAACUGGAGUCUGAAUCGGAGGAGUCUUCCGAGGAGGAGGAGGAGGAUGGUGAAGAUCUGGGCAAUCAGCAGGAUGAAACCGGCCUAGUUACGCCAGUUGAGGGUCUGGUUACGCCGUCGGGUCUAACCAGUGUGCCAGCGGGCAUGGAGACACCCGAGAACAUUGAAUUGCGCAAAAAGAAAAUCGAAGCCGAAAUGGAGGACAAUGAAACGCCUGUAUUGUAUCAGGUGCUGCCGGAGAAGCGCACAGACCGCAUAGGUGCUUCAAUGAUGGGUUCCACGCAUGUUUAUGACAUUGGCGGAGGAGGCACUGGCGCAAGUAAACAGCCGACGGUGCGAUCUACAACAACAGAUCGUGAGGGCAUUGUUGAGCUGGCCUUGGAUCCCAGUGAAUUGGAUCUGGACAACGAUGCGAUGGCCCAACGCUAUGAGCAGCAAAUGCGCGAGCAACAGAAUCACUUGCAAAAGGAGGAUCUGUCGGACAUGUUGGCGGAGCAUGUGGCGCGUCAGAAAUCGAAACGUAAGCGACAACAAACCGAUCCAGCAAAGACCACUAAGAAGUACAAGGAGUUCAAGUUUUAGUAUAACAAUAACAAUAAUAAUGAUAACAUUUGUGUAUUCGCGUUUUGCCGAUUUCUUGAUUUUUAUAGGCGAAAAGAUUCAAGUCAAGAUUUUCAUUAAACAAAAAUUAGUAAAAAUG